AUGUGCAUCAUCGAGGCAGGCGCUCCAGAGCCCACGAAGCCAGGCAAGCUUGUCCGCAUUUCAACAGGAUUUUCUCGAAGAGUCUACUGGCGCGAUGACAAGGUCUGGGUCCAGUACAAGCCGGCGACUGCUCAGCUCAUCCUCAAGGCCUACAACAACGCCGAGAAGACUGUCAAGACUGGCCUGCUCCGGUCUACUGUCCACCCAUCUGGCUCCCACUACACUGUGGACCUGAGGACUCUGACUCAGACCAAUGACAGCUCUGGCAUGAAGCGCCCGGUGAAGAUCAUCCAGGAGGAGAGCAGCAGCGACUUCCUGGGCAAGAGCGAGGAGGUGGUGUACCCAGGGGAGUUCAACAAGCAGGCGUGCAUUGCCAGCCCCUUUGGAUGGCUUGGAAAGCUGGCCUUCUGGCGCAAGGCGCCCACCAAAGAAGGCUUGGAGACCAGCUCUGUUGACUCGUGGUCCUCAGACGGCUCCGUCAAGGCAUGA